CUCUGUGUGCACUUGUUUCUGAGGGUUCGACUGCCACACCGGACCAGGAGGCCAAGGCUCGAACGGAGGGAGAGGUGCAGUGUUUCUGGAGCCAUGGAUUACCAACAGAAACUGGCUGAAAAACUCACCAUCCUCAAUGAGAGAGGGAAUGGGGUGUUAAUACGCAUGAACUACAUUAAAAAGAUAUGUGCAGACCCCAAGUUGCGGCCUUCCCUCCUGACCGAUAAAGCCAUGGAGCCUGCCGUCAAAUACAUCAACAAGAAAUUCCCCAACAUUGACUUCAGAGGAAACAUUCAAAAUCUGACCGGCAUACAGCGACAGAAGUCUGAGGUGUUGGCAGCCACAACGAGCUACUACGACUCUUUCCUGGAUGUCAUAGAGUUCAGGGACCACGUUUAUGAGUUGCUGAACACCAUAGAUGCCUGUCAGUGCUUCUUUGACAUUGCAGUCAACUUUGACUUCACCAAGAACUACUUGGAUCUGAUCAUCACCUACACAUCUGUGAUCAUAACGCUCUCCCGCAUCGAUGACAAGAAGGCACUGGUGGGCAUGUUCAACUGUGCUCAUGAGAUGACCAAUGGGAGCAGCGACCCCUCCUACCCGCGGCUUGGCCAGAUGUUUGUGGAGUAUGAUCAUCCUUGGAAGAAGCUCACUGAGGAGUUUGGCCCUCACACAAGGUCAGUGACGGCGGCCUUGCUGUCUCUGAGGAUGGUCUACCCACGCAGGAACCUGCCAGCAGAGCAGUGGCGGAGUGCCCAGCUCCUCAGCCUGCUCAGUGCUCCAGCUGCCAUGCUGGACCCAGCUUGCUGUGACACUAUGGCAUGUGAAUACCUGUCUAUGGAGGUGAUGGAGCGGUGGAUCAUUAUCGGCUUCCUGUUGUGCCACAGCAGCCUGAAUACCAACCAGGCCUCCCAGGAGCUGUGGAAGAUGGCUCUGCGGAGCGGCUUCUACCUCAUCCUCACCAGAGACGAGGUGCUCAACAUACACAAGGUCUCAGAGGACCUCUUCGACAACAUCAAAGGAUAUAGCAAGCGAGUUGCAGACAUCAAGGAAUGUCGUGAGCAUGCUUUACUCAACAGUGGAGCUUUGCACAGAGAGAGGAGGCAGUUCCUGAGAGGAGCGCUGAGGGAAUUAUAUAAAGUUCUGGAGGAUGAACCUGGACUUCUGGGACCAAAGGCCCUGUUUGUCUUCAUGGCUCUGUCAUUUUCCCGUGACGAGGUCCUGUGGCUCGUCAGACACUCUGAGAAUAUGCCCAAGAUAAAGACGCCCGAGGACUACAUCGACAAUCAGAUGGCAGAGCUGCUGUUCCACAUGGAAAAGUUAAGAGGUCUGAUGACAAAGUACAUCCAUGUGGUCCAGCGCUACCACAUCCAGUACCUGGCACAGUUCGAUGCCAUGGUUCUCAAUGACACCAUACAGAACAUGUAUGUGUGUCCAGAAGAGGAGUCGGUCCUGAUGACUUCGUUCGUUUCAACCCUGUCUGCUUUGUCAAUCAAACAAGUGGAAAACAAGGAGGAGUUUGAUUUCAGAGCUCUGAGACUGGACUGGCUGAGAUUGCAGGCCUACACAAGUGUGAACAAGGCCCCUCUUCCACUAAAGGAGUACCCAGACUUGGCGAAGGUGAUGAACAUGAUUCAAUUUCACACCAGGAUGGUGGACAGCGUGGAUGAACUUCUGCAGGAGACAUCUGAAGUGUCCAUUCUCGGUUACUACCCGCGUGUCUUUGAGAAGAUGUUCUGCCAGAGCAGCGAGGAGGUGACCAUGAAGCGUUACCUCAUGGCCUUCCCAGCUGCGUGUUCUCACUUCAGCCAGUGUGGACACCCUCUCUGCCCAGAAGAGACCGAGGCAAUGGAGAAGAAGACUCUGCGCCUGUGUGUGACCUUCUUGGAGCAGUUGGCCAAGCAGACCAGCGGUGUUGUGUUAGAGAUAUGUGCUGAGCAGUGCAACCUCAAUGACCAGCUGCAGCCCAAGCACUGUGCCGAGACCAUCAGCGCAGCUCGCCAUAGAAAGCAAAAGAAGCCGUUGCCAAAGAAGGGAGAGGUCCAGAAAGAGAAACCGGGCGCUGAAAGCCUGAGGAAGGACCGCACAGUUGUUACCAAUAUAGACAAGAUGCACCUGAUGCUGACAGAGCUCUGCUCCUCCUACGGCCUCUGCAGUGACUUUAUUGUCUUCAACCACAUCGUUGUUCCCACAGAGUUCCUCCUUUCUCAUCUGGAGACACGCCUCUCUGAGAUCAUCGUGAGAAUGGCCAAUUACAACCAGACCACCCAGGAGAUAGCCCGUCCUUCGGAUCUGCUGGCAGGGGUAAGAGCCUAUACAGCCAGCCUGCACUGCCUCUCCAGCUACAUCAAUGUGGAUGUCACCCGGCUGGUGAAAAACGUCCUGCUGCAGCAAACACAGCCCCUGGACUCCCGUGGAGGGCAGACCAUCACGACUGUCUACACAAACUGGUUCCUGGAGAGUCUCUUGCGUCAGGCAAGCAACUCCCUCAUCGUUCACUGUCCCACGAUGCACUGCUUUGUCAACCAGACUACUGACAACGAGCCAAGUUUCAGAGCAGAGGAGUUUUCAGAUAUAGCAGAGUUACAGGCCCUGGCGGAGCUAAUUGGUCCAUAUGGCCUGAAGUUUCUGAGUGAGAACCUGAUGUGGCACAUCACCUCUCAAGUCAGUGAGCUCAAGAAACUGGUGAUUGAGAACAUGGACAUCCUGGUACAGAUGAGGAACAACUUUGAGAAGCCAGAGGAAAUGGCCAAUCUGAAGAAGAGGCUGACAGGUGGAGACAAUGUGCUGAAGAGGAUGACGAUCAUCGGGGUGAUCCUGUCCUUCAGAUCGAUGGCACAGGACUGUCUGAAAGAAGUCCUGAAAAAGCAUUGCCCGUACAUGAUGGGGCCCAUCGAGUGCCUGAGAGACUUCAUCUCUCCUGAAACUGACAUCAAGGUGACUCUAAGUGUUUUUGAGCUGGCCUCUGCUGCAGGAUUGAACUGUGAUAUUGAUCCCUCCCUCGUCGCAGCUAUCAGCAAUAUGCAGACAGACAACAUGUCAGUUGAUGAGGAGUACAAGCUGUCCUGUCUGCUGCUGGUGUACAUCGCUGUGUCCCUGCCUACUCUGGCGCUGGACUCCAACUCUUCCUACAGCCGAGAGCAUGGAGGCCACAACAACAACAUACACUGUUUAGCUACAGCGAUCAACCAGCUGGCUGCUGCCAUGUUCACUGUUCAGAACAAGAACAUAGAGCAGCACCUCAAGGAGUUUCUCCUGCUGGCCUCCUCCACUCUGCUUCAGUUGGGACAAAAUGUGGAAAGAAUGGAGAGCAAAAACCGAGACUCCAUCUACCUGCUCCUGCACAUGAUUGUGGAGGAGUCUCCGUUCUUGAGCCAAGACAUGCUGGAGAGCUGCUUCCCGUAUGUUCUCCUCCGAAACGCCUACAGAGAGGUGUACAGGCCCCUCAUCGUCACUCUGGGCUGAAGACUUUGUUAAAUACUUCUGACCUUUAUUUAUCCAAGAAACUAUUUUAAUGUGUGUGUAGUUUUGUUUUCAUUCAGUUCAGUGUCUUAUUCACACAAGUCUGCACAGUCACCCCAGGUUAACCAUGGCCUUGGAUACUUUCCAUCACAGUGUUUAUAAUGCUUCCUGUGAGUCAGCGUUUCUUAUGUACCCACAUUACAAAAGAUCCUUCCUCAUUUUACAGACUCUAGACGUGCUUUGAUGGUGCCAGUAUUAUAGUGUAGAAUUACGAUUGCUGUACUUUUACUAAAAUCAGCUUAAAUAAUUCUGUAACAUCCAACCUAUAGUUAUAUAAAGCAUGUUUUUAAAAUGAAACCACAAGAUUUUAAUAGAUUAUUGUAUUAAUAGUUGCUGUAUAACAUUAUUUCUUACAUAUUUUCCACGAAUAAAGAUGAUAAC